CAAGUCCUUUUGCACUAUUUUCGCGAGUUUUGCUUCAAAGUCACUUCUGAUAACGCAGAAUGGGUUAGAAAUGAAAGAAAAUCUGAUGACGAUAGUGUAGAGAUUUUCACAGGAUUUCCAGACGGGCUAUGGUGGUUUUGUCGAUUCUAACUUUCUUCAAAAUAGUGCAAAAGGACUUGGCCGUCUUGGAGACGUGAUCAGUAAAAGUCGAUUUUCUCAGUGAAAAAACAGAAUUUCGAAAAAAGCUCUUUAUUAGUCUGAAGCCUGGCCUCUGGCGAAUCCAACCACGUAAAAGUUUUGGCACUAGCUUCUUUGAGAAAAAUUGAAUUAGAGCCGCAAAGUUUGAUGCACGCUUUCAACACAUACCGAUUUUAGACACCGGGAAAAAUCCGUUUAUGGUCCUAGAAGUCUGAAAGUUGCUUUUCCAGAUUCAGUUUUCAGCGCUGAAUCUGAAACAUUUAACCAUAAAACUCGAAAACGAAAUUCGGGAAACCGAGGGUCACUUUUUUGAAAACGUAGAUUUUUAAGGUUUUUCACAUGCUUCAAGUAUUUUGAGGAUAUCUCAGCGUGAAAACGAUUUUGGAAGAUGGGGACGUGAUCCUCAUUCGAUUCUGAGAAUGUAUAAACGAGCAAAAUCUAAAUUCCGCUCGAACUCUGCUUUCCAUGCAUCUUGCAACAAAAUCAUAAUUAUCAACAACGUUAUUGAACAUUUUAUAUAAAAUAUCAUAUUUGAUCGUUGGCGUUCGGGCAACGAGGCAAUUAUCCCAUCUCAAAAAAAAUUUCAAGAUUAUUGCCUGUGAAUUAUAUUUCGCAGCAGUCUAUUUUCUUAAAAUUCGAAGAAAAAAAAACAAUGUUUGAUUGCAAAAUUACGUACAUCUCUAGAAGUACGUUUCUGCAUGUACCACUCUAGAAAGUUUAUUGAGCGCCGCCUAGAAAAUGUUUUCCAAUCCGCCCAUACACUUGACAUCAUAUCUGUUUUUAACUAAUCAUUUAAACUUGACUAGUAACGAAAGAAUCGUUGACAUCGCGUUCUUCAACGUUGUUCAUUAUCUACACCGAAUGGUUCAAUGAAAUACACGACUAUAAAAAGAGAGAAAAUCUCAACGGCAUCUACAACAGCACGUAUUUUUCAUAUCUCAUUUCAACCUGGUCCUGUGUACAAAGGCGAACGUAUACUUAACGAGUGAGAAAGAGUACCUCCAUUAGUAUAACUGGCGAACUGUCCAAGCCAGAAUAGUACACAAUUCUGAAUGUAUCUACUCUCAGCAAAUUAACAGCGGAGUUUUUGAUCUGCCUUAGAGACUCAUGUGAGAAAUAUUUUCUACUGUCGGCACAUCACCAACUCUAAGCUUAUCUAAGAAUAUAAUGAUGUCACAGACGAUUCCAAGAGUAACGGAACUAUCUAGAUCAUUUUAUACUUCUGUAUUAGCGACUUCUUCAGGUAAAUCAUUCGUAUCAGUAUCAAAUAAUCAUUGUUUUACGUUAUCUUGAAUAUCGUUUGUUGUUUGUUAAUUCUUCUCUUUCAAACCCGUGCUAAUUAUUCGCACCAUUUACACAUCAGAUAAGAUAUUGAUCCACAAUUCUACGACAAGUAUCUGUCAGUAUUUCAUAUUUUAAGAACAAAUAAAUCGAUAUGUUUUGCACACAUAAAUUUCAAUAUUCACAUAUAAUCUCAAUUAUUUUGAGUAAUCCAUAAGCGCUUUAUUCAUUUCAUAACCAUAGUAGUUCGUAUGUUAGUGCAAUCAAAAUUAUUGUGAUGCAUCUAUUUACAAUAAUAUGUCCAAUAAAAUAUACGACAAAUAUUAAUUAAAUACAUCAACUAUAUAUUAAUUUUAUUCUUACUUUCUUGUUGUUUUACACUGGAUUGAUUGAAAAAUACCCCGCCUUUCGGCUACCUUGCGGUAUAGGGUGCUGUCCGGAGACAGUUUCGUAAGCCCGAUAUCAUCCCUACAACUAAUAUUAGCUGUAGCUCUUGACAGAAGGCCAGCGUGAGUUCUUUCGCUCAAUCGCUUGAGCUCUCCGUACACACUGACUAACCGCAUACUAGCUACGAGGGCUGGUAUAUGUCACAACAUAGUCAGCAUGUUAUCGGACGGGUGAUCCGAGGCAAAGAACCGUUAAUGACUUGCCCAAGGUCAUCGAACACAGUACCAGGGGGAUGCGUGCCAAGCAACUUAAUCACACAGCCAUAGUUGUUCCACACUGGCGUUCUAUUGAUGACGCCCUAAAAUCUUGAUGAGGAGUUCAUUUGAAAUGAAAACAAGCUUCUUUACUUUAAAGUCAUUCUAUACCUUUUAAUAAUUUUAGAAAAAUAUGAAACAACUUAAAUUAGAUAACAACCCAUCAAAAUAAACUAUAGCAAGAAGUUAUCUAAUAUACAAUCUUCUUUCCUUAAUGCUUUCCAAAAUGUGGAGUAGACUAUUUAGAUCUGAUACUCCCAGUUCAGUUCAGUCAACGGGUGACAAUGUUCAUGCACAAUAAACGGCCGUUUAUAACUUUUUUCUCACUCAACAUUUCGACUAAACACAAUUUUUUUUUUUUUAAUAUUAUACACUAUAUAUAUCUAUAUAUGUUCAUGCCUUUCUGAACAGCAUAUACCAUACCUCUCUUUCUGCACUGAACGACCGUGAAAGUUGUCCGUCAAAAAAAAUAGAAUGACAUUGACUACAUAAUUCGAAUAAUUUUAUGAAUAAUUAGACAAUCAAUCUUUCUCAAUUGUUGCUAAAUACGAUUAUAUCAACUUUAGUCUACACGUAAAUGGAAUCAUCACUGAUAUUUUAAACUGUGUGAAUAAAGUGAUAAAGAUAUUCGGUAAGUUAACUUGAUAAAAAGAUAUAAAGAAGAUUUAUAGGAUUUUUCUAAAACUUCAUUUAUUCAAACGAGAACGAAUUCAUCUGAAAAGUCAAGUUUUCAAAAUUUACUUUAAAUAAUCUUUUUUUUAAUCUCAUGUGUGCCUAAUUUUUCUUAACAAGGAUUGCUGUUCCAAGGCACGAAUCACUCGAUUUUUUCAAAAUUGUACACAGACACUUGACAUUAUUUAUUUCUGUUUUUUUUACAGAUUACAAUGGUGACACGAUUUGAACGUCUUCCAAAUGAAAUUUUUCUUUCUAUUUGUGAUUAUCUUUCUCCCACACACAUUAUUUAUGCCUUUUAUACGUUAAAUUCUCGUUUUAAUUAUUUAAUUAAUAUGUUUUACAUUUCUGAAACAUCAAUUAGUUUGGUCAAUGUUGAUGAAUCGAUGUUUCAUCAUUUUCGAUGUAAAUUAUUUCCAAAAAUUCAAAAUCACAUUGCUCGAUUACGAUUAAGUGGUAUUUCACAAGUUUUAACAAAAAAAUUUUCGAAUAAAUUUUCAAAUUUGGCAUCGUUACAAUUGAUUUUAAAUAAUAUGAAAGAUAUACAGACACUUUUAUGGUAUUCAAAGUCAUUAGGAAUAUCAAAAUCAUUGGUUGAAUUAUCAAUUAUUUUUGAAAUUUGCUCACAUCAAGAUGAAACAAAAAUGUUGUUGAAUAAACUUUAUCGUUCGUUAUUAUUUCAACCUGGUCGACAACAAUGUUCAUUGGUCUCAUUGUCAAUUACCGGUCCACCAUGUCUAUCAUUAACAAUCAAUCAUUAUCUCAUGAGGCCAUGUUAUUUAAGACGGUUAACAGUUCAUCUAAUAUCCUACAAUGAUUUACUUAUUCUAUUUAAUAAUUUGCCAUUAGUCGAAUAUUUUAGCGUAGUAUUAGAAGAAAAAAUUGCUGGUUUUUAUCCAUAUACAUACGAAAAUAUAUUUUCUGGCACAAAAUUAUUAAGUGAAUUUCAAUUUUAUUGUCCAUCAAUAAUUAAUUAUGAUCUUGUUGAAUUAUUACUCAAACAAUUGGUUACACUACGAAAAUUAUCACUCCGUCUUUGUUGUAAAUUUUCAAAUGGUGUUAUUGAUGGUCAACGUUUAGAAAGUGGAUUUUUAACAAAAUUAACACGUUUAGAACAAUUUAAUUUUUGUAUUUGUUCAUGUUAUAUGGAUAAUGGUUUAGGUGUAAUUGAUGAUUAUUUUCUCUCAACAUUUCAAACAGAUUAUUGGAUUAAAGAAAAACGUUGGAAAAUUGGCUUUUAUCCAAUGCCCUAUGUAUUUGUUUUCUAUAUUACAUUUUCAUUACCAUUUGCAUUCGAUGUUUUUGACUCGACUUCAACUGAUCUACUAAAAUAUCGUACAAAUUUUGGUAGUGUAGAUGAUAAUAAUAAUGACAAUUGGAAACAAGUAAAAAAUCUUUAUCUAUUCGAUAACAAAUCGUAUACACAAAAAUUUUUUCAAUUAAUUCAUGAAAAAUUUUCAAAUGUCAAACAAAUUACAAUUGAAAAUCAUCUAAGCAUUGAAGAAAAUGAGAAAAUUAUCUCAUUACCGAGUGUUGACAGUGUUCGAUUUGUCUCAUUAAAUAAAUAUCGUACAAAUGCUCAACAUGUUAAACAAUUGCUACUAAUGACACCAAAUAUUCGUCAAUUAAAAAUCAGUUAUAUUUUAUUAGCACGAGCAACAAAUUAUUUUCGUGAUCAACGUUUAAAAAAAAUAUGUUCACAUCUCGUUCAAUUAGAUGUUGAUUCUUAUCCAGAGCAAUGGUUGUAUGGAGAUGGUCUAACAAUGAAUACAUAUGCUCAACGAUUUAAAACAUAUUUUCCAAAUUUAUUAAAUUCUUGCAUUUAA